AUGCCGUGCGGGCAGCCCGACGGCGGGGCCGCCCCGGCGCAGUACGUGCUGGGGGUGGACGUGGGCAGCACGGUGGUGAAGUGCCACGUCUACGACCGGGCGGCCGCCGUCAGGGGCUCCGGCUACAGGAAGGUAGAAUCGCUUUAUCCUCGUCCUGGAUGGGUUGAAUUAGAUCCUGAAGUGCUAUGGAGUCAAUUUAUUGGUGUAAUAAAAGAGACUGUACAAGCUGCAGGACUUCACAUGAGGCAAAUUGCUGGUCUUGGCAUCUCCACCCAGAGGGCAACUUUCAUUACAUGGCACAAGAAGACAGGGAAACCCUUUCAUAAUUUCAUAAGCUGGCAAGACUUAAGAAGUGCUGAACUUGUGAAUUCCUGGAAUAAGUCCCUUCUGCUGAAGGUAAUCCAUGUUAUUUUUACAGUGCUUCAUUUCUUGACUGGGAGCGAUCGAUAUUUGGCACCCAGUUUCCUUACUUUUUCAACACAUCAGACUUCUAUGAAGUUGUCAUGGAUUUUUAAAAACAUACAUGAGGCUGAAGAAGCUGCCAGAAAAAACAACUGCUGCUUUGGAACAGUUGACACGUGGUUACUGUAUAGAUUAACUAAAGGUUCUGUGUAUGCUACAGAUUACUCAAAUGCCAGUUCUACAGGCAUUUUUGAACCCUUUACGAAAUGUUGGAAUCCCACUUUGUGUAACCUACUUUCUAUUCCAAUGUCUAUUUAUCCACCAGUGAAAGACACAAGCUUCAACUUUGGAUCAACUGACUCUGAAAUAUUUGGAAUACCUAUUCCAAUAAUGGCAGUGGUAGCUGAUCAGCAGUCAGCUAUGUUUGGAGAAUGCUGCUUUCACCCAGGAGAUGUCAAACUGACAAUGGGAACAGGUGGUUUCUGGAAUGUGAAUACUGGAGAGCAUCUCUUUGCAUCACGGGGAAGUCUUUAUCCACUGAUUGGUUGGAAGAUUGGGGAAGAAAUUGUUUACUUAACUGAAGGCUCUAUAUCUGACAUUGGCACUGCCAUAAAAUGGGCUCAGGAUAUGGAACUUUUCACCAAUGUAGAUGAAACGGCGGAAAUGGCACGGAGUAUUGCUGAUUCUCAAGGUGUUUGUUUCAUUCCAGGUUUGCAGGUUUCUGGGAAUGACCCAUAUUUAUGUGCCUCUUUCAUGGGGCUGAAACCUUCCACUAACAGAAACCAUCUUGUUCGAGCUAUAUUGGAAUCUGUAGCUUUCAGAAACAAACUGCUAUAUGAUAUCAUUGUGAAGAAGGUGCACAUUCCUCUUCGAACUAUUCGAGCUGAUGGAGGUGUCAGUAAUAAUAGUUUUGUCAUGCAGAUGACAUCAGAUUUAAUUAAUAAGAAAAUAGAAAAACCUGCAAAUGCGGACAUGUCUAGUCUUGGUGCAGCUUUCCUAGCAGGCCUUGCUUCAGGAUUUUGGACUGACAAAAAACAACUAAAGAAGCUAAGGCGAAUAGAAGCAGUGUUUGAGCCCCAAAAGGAUUCAGAGGAAUACAGACCUGCUCUGGAUGCAUGGCUGCAAGCAAUGAAACACUCACCACACUGGUAGAAAUUGGCAUUUUGAUUUUAGAAGAAUUAAGUUAGAAGAAUUAAGACGGUUUAAUUCAUAUUUUAGAACAUCUUGACGUUAACAGACAGUAACAAACCAUAACUGGAAUUUGUGAUGGUGUAUUGUAAGUUGUGUGGUAUUUCAGUUCCCCCCUGCUGCUGGAUUACUUACCAUACUGUAAUGAACCUUCCCGUCAUCCCUGUGGCAGCUGUGGUCCAGCUGCAGCAUUUGUGUCCCUUCAGUGACCUCCUUUGGGUGGCCCAGCUGCUCAGAUCCUACCAUGCACUGCACAUGGGCUGUUUUAACUGGGAUGGGUUUGCCACUGAGCAGCUCACCUCCCUUCAGAUCUUUAAAGUCUUGGGUGUGUUAAUCAUCAAGGAAGAGUAAAAGGCACAUUUACUCCCCUAGGCAUUGGUAAGAAACAAAAUGAUUGUUGGGGCUGAGUUGGGAGGAAUUCAGUCGCGUACAAAGACGUUGUUUCGGUAGUAGCCUGUUACCACCUUUUGGUUGACACUGGGCGCUGUGAUCACGUUAUUUGUGCACUAGAUCAAGAUGAAAUUAAAAAAGCAAAUAGGCUUUCAACACUCCUUUAAAACAAUCCAAGAUUUUUGUAGCUGAUACUUUGUAGCUAGCUUGUAGCUCAAUUUUUAAAAAUUUUUAAAAGACCAAAAGCAAUUUUAUCUGGUGUGGCCAGCACAGAUACAUUAAAACUAACUCCAGUGUGCUAUCUAACUUGUAAAAAUCUGUACUGUUAGUAUCUUCAAGGCCAUUUUUAAAUCCUAUUAUUAUUAGCUAAAAGGGAGUAAAAAGUCUAUUUUUGAAGCUAUAAAUUACUUUUGUAUUU